AUGAAAAUAUCAUAUUCCUUUGUUUCUAAGCAUACGACAGAGUAUCGUCAUGCGAUCCGCCAUGGACGACCGCUUUUUGAGCUCAUGGAGGAAAAUGGAGAUCUAGCAAGAAAUGAAGGAUCAAUAGUCCGUCGGAUGCUACUGUAUGGUCUUGGGAAUCACUGGAUUGUUGGGAAGGAGUCACUCAAAGCAUGUCUCAGUAUUUUGGGUACCAGGGUGCAAAUGGGCCAAACUUCUUUUCCUGUGGCUUCGGACAUGGUAGGCUACGGUUAUGCCAACCUGACUCAUGCGACUUCAACAGAUGCAAUAAUAUGCUACAUGCCAGAUCCUGUUUGUGGUCGUCUGGCCAUGCAACUGAUGGACCCAGAAUGGGCAUUGGGUGACAUCAAAGGCAGGCCCAGUAGUUGGUGGCUGCGGAAGAUGAAGGAGAUUUUUUCGCAAGGGCUCUGUCGACCUGAAAAGGGGGACUUUGGUGAAAUCAUGGUUGCGCUGUACUUUCUUGUUUGUGCCGAUGUGCUUCGGCGACGGGACAAUCACAAUCACACUACAUUUUCUGUAUCUCUUGAAGAUUGGAUAGAGCAGCUAACAACUGGUGGGCUUGAGAGAAGACAAGGGCAUCGUUCCAAUGUUGACAUUUUGCCAAAGCGGAAGAGCAAACGUCUCCUUGCUGCCAAAUCACAGGGCUCAAGACAGAAAAUGACUGCUGAGAAAGUGGACGAAACAAUGGCUGAAGCUUACGAAGUUGAAGUAGAGGCUAGCAUCAGCUUUAUUCAAGUUUGUCAAAACUAUUUGCGUGCUUGUGAAGCGGACUGGGAAGGAUUUUGUUUGCAGGAUUUUCUAUCAUACAUGUACGCAAGCGGGACAGCUUUCUACGUAUUCCCUGGUUGUCCUAUUGUUGACCUUGUCAUUCCCAUCAAGCUGUCAGGACAACGGAAACAUUACUUUGCGCCUAUGGUGAUCUCCAUCAAGUCGCAUGCAUUCUAUUCUCCUGCAGAUGCAAGAUGGGAGUGCCAGCGGAUGGCAGAGAGAUUCAAGAGAAUCAAAGAAAGCAAUGACAAGGAAGUUUUUGAAUUCUUCCCUGGAGCAUUGUGUUUGCUGGUUGUGUUCGGGUCUACCGCUGUCUCCGAUGACAACGACCUUACCCUAGGUCAUUCUGCAGUCAGGGAGCUGGCAAAGAAGAAGGUGUUUAGCAGAGUACUUCGCAUUCCUGCAAAAGAUGCAUUUGCAGGAUUCUGUGAUACAUUUUGCACAUUGACUAGCAAGAUUAUGUUUGGCACUUCUGAAGUAUUUGCUUCCCACUCUUUUGUCCGUGCUUAUUGUAUGGAUGACAACACGGAAGAGCUCAAUACUAGAUCUGCACUUCGUUAUUCGCCUGGAAAAGAAGAAUCAGAACUCUUGCAAAAUCUUCAUGAGCAGUUCAAAAGUGGAUACAGCACGUCUGGAAGUCUGUAA